CAUUAAUUACUUCUCAGAAUUUGCUUCUAUUUGAUUAUUGGAAUCAGUGCGCCUUGAAAUUAAAAUCAUCAAAAACCAGCAAUUUUAGAUAUCCUAUCCACUUUUUUACCAUCUAUAAACAGAAAAGGAGCAUCACCACUCUAUUUACUCACUUACUUCACCAUUUGGAAUAGCCAAUCAGAUUCGAGAAAACAUUGGUUUUAAGAAUCAGCCAAUCACAUUUAAGAAAAAUUGGUUGGAUAUAUCCUUUCGCCAGCAAAAAACUAAAAGAUGUCUAUUUAUUUACAAAGAUUGUUUAUCCUGGCAGUUUAGACAGGUCCACACAAGAAACAGGAAGCAGUGAUUUAAUCAUCUCUUCAGUCUGUGAUUGAUUGCCAUUUUCAUAUACCUUCCGAUUAUUCAACUUAACUUCCCAAUUUCUUAUCGAAACCGCUUUUCGCUUUUUAUCUAUUCGAUUUCUUUCGCUAUUGAAAAUUAUUUUUCAAUUUUUUGAUUACUGUCUUAAUUUACAGGUCUAAACGGUCUGAUUAAAUUUUCACCGCUCUCAGAUUUUACUUGAAAUUGAGUUCCAGUCUAAUUUUCCUUUUUAAAAUUUCUUAUGCAACUUUAUUUAUAAUCAAUCGACUCAGUUAGAAGAAAACCAUGACUGAAAAUUUUGUGUUUCUCAUAAACCCGAAGCUCUUAAGUAUCCUUUCAAAGGAGAAUUUUUGCUUUAUAAAGAAAAAGGAAAUUAUUCUGGAAAAGCAUUAAGAAGAGUAAUAAGGAGCUUUGCAUAUACAUUUUUGUUUGAAUUACAUAUCCUUAAGAUGGUAAUUUUUACCUGAAGUACCGCCUCAAAUCCUACCCUUGCGAUUUUGAAUUGUAACACUUCUUUUGAGAAAAAAUAAAAAGGUUAUAUUUCAGUUUUUUGCUUGGUUCGUGUAUCAACUUGAAUUACAAUAUUUAAUUUAUUUCGCGGAUCUACACCAAUAAUACGGCCCAACCAAUUUUAAUCCCUUUCUCCACCCUUAUGCACAUGAUGUUAGCUUUAUUCCAAAUUUCUCUUUAUACUUUUUCCUCAAAAAGGUCGCGAAGUUCGCGUGAAAAAAAUUAAAAGCGAUAUUACCCUUGAAAUAAAAAAGGAACUUAACGAAAGCCCGUUAUUUGCGCCAGUGACAAAAUGUCAUUCUUGCUGACAAAAGCUUUCUGGAGCCGAAGAGAAAAAACUGACAAGUGCAAAAGUGCAAAUGGAGUUUUCAAUCCCAACUGCAGAUCACAUACCUUCACUUCAGAUUCUAAAUCCCCCUUUAACAAUAACCAACUUAACAAAGACAAUAUGACCGCCAAUUCUGCUGGCCAAGGUCUGGGUUCAAUUUACGGUGUCCAAAAUGGACCCAAUACAGGCGCUGCUUCCAAUAGCUUUUCAAAUUCUGCCGGAAAUCUUGGCCUCCAGCCGCAGCAUUCACCGAUCAGUCCAGUUCAAACACCUGUAAGAGACAACCAAUCACAGAGCUUAACAGCGACUCACACCCGCAGGAAGUCUUGUAUCAAUUAUCUUGAGUCCAGCAGCGAGGACUUAUCCGAACAGGGCUCGACGUCGACGUGCUUGGGCGACACAGAUCGGAGGAUUAACGUCCGAACUCUAAGUCUAAUAGUCUGCACUGUUAGCUACUUGAUGUUCGGAGCUGCAAUUUUUGACUUCAUCGAAUCUGAAAACGAAGAAGAACAACGAGCCGAGCUGAUCGAACGCGAGAAAAAUAUCUCCGAGCGGUACAACAUUUCACAGGAUGACCGGGUCGAGCUGGAAGAAAUUUAUGUGCGACUCGUGCCCUUCAAGUCUGGAAUUCAGUGGAAAUUCACCGGCGCUUUUUACUUUGUUUUAACUGUCAUAACUACUAUAGGUUACGGUCACGCUGCCCCAGCCACCCGAGUUGGAAAAGUGUUUUGCAUGGCGUACGCUUUCAUCGGCAUUCCACUGUCCUUAACCGUGUACCAGGCAGUCGGCGAACGUUUGAACACUUUCACUGCUUGGUGGUUGAUGCACGCUAAAUCCCGAUUCUUCAAACGACCCAAAACUGAGGUGCAGGUGACUCAGACGGAGCUGGUGAUGGCUGGAUGGAGUGCGUGCAGUCUGGUGUUGUUCGGAGGGGCUGCCGUGUUCUCCCACUACGAACAGUGGCGAUACUUUGACUCCCUAUAUUACUGUUACAUCACCCUCACAACCAUAGGAUUUGGAGACUACAUCGCCUUGCAAAACGACAACGCACUCCAGAAAGACCCAAAGUACGUCUUCUUCAGUAUAUUAUACAUAAUGGUAGCUCUAUGUGUAGUCGCAUCCUCCAUAAAUCUCCUCGUACUAAAAUUCCUCACUAUGAACACAAUGGACGAAAAAGAAAAUGCGCAGAACGAGGCUCGAAAGCAGUUCUCAAACGUGUUACGACAAGUAGCGCACGAGCGAAGUCGGCCGGCUAGUGUGUGUCAAAUAGACGCAGAGCCGAGUUCAAAUCACGUGAACAGCCCGACACGACAAAACCCAAGAUUCACCCGAACGAGCGCCGAGUACUCGAAUUGGGACCACCACGCGACUCCAAGCUCGCUGGAAAAUUCCACAAAUUCCUAUCAUCACACAGGAGGAAUGAAACGUCUGUAUACAAAGAAUUCUGGGAAAUCAUUUCAUCACAUGGCAAAACGACCUUCACUUGUAGCAAAUUCAAUCUACCGUCAAGACGACUAUAACGUAUAGACUCGUCGCAAAAAUUUCCCAGUGAAAUCUUUCGCCAAUGAGAUAAAACCACGAACUUAUAUCACUCAGCAAUUUAGAUAAGGAAAAAUUGAGCUCUAUUUUUGUUCAUUAUGAUUAUUAUAAUUGUCUUUAAUUUAAUAGUCUAAUGUUUAUUUAGA